UACAACACAGAAGAGGGAUGAAACGCUGACAUCUAGUGACGAGCAUUUCAUUACUCUAUAUUCGUACAGUGCACUAAACUAAGUUCACCUGUUUUGUGAAAACCAACAGCAGAAAAAUCCCCCAUUAGCUGUGUGCUUGUUGGAUUCGCCUACUUUGAGGCGCUACCAGUUGUCUCGCAGUGUUACCAUGAGUAAACUGUGGACGGAGGAGCAGUUCAAUUGUCCCGUGUGUCUGGAUCUCCCCAAUGAUCCAGUCACCAUUCCCUGUGGGCACAGCUACUGUAUGGCCUGCAUUAAGGACUUCUGGACCAAGGAUGAGCCUAAGGGGAUCUACAGCUGCCCCCAGUGCCGCCAGACCUUCUGCCCCAAGCCCUCCCUGUCCAGGAACACCAUGCUGGCUGAAGCUGUGGAGCAGCUCCGCAAGGGCGCCCUCAAAUCGGACGUCCGCGAAUCCAUGCGCAGCGCCCGCGGGGUCGCCUCCUCCUCGUCCAAGUCCAAGGGGAAGCUGUCGUCCUCGGCGGUGCCGUGCGACAUGUGCAAAGGGGAGCGGCGGGCCGCCGUCAAGAGCUGCCUGGUGUGUAUGAGCUCGUACUGCGAGGCCCACCUGAAGCCCCACCAGACCCAGAAGGCCCUGAAGCAGCACGAGCUCAUCGCGCCCACGGGCGACCUGGCCGAGAAGAUCUGCACCCAGCACAAGUACCUGCAGGAGUUCUUCUGUCGCCAGUGCAAGGUGUUCAUCUGCUGGCUGUGCACCAGCAACCAGCACAAGGGCCACGAGAGCGUGUCCACCAAGGUGGAGCGUCUGGAGAAACAGAAAGUGCUGUCAGAGUUGCAGAAUGAGAAUCAGCAGAGGCUGAAAGUCAGGGAGCAGGAGCUGAAGGACAUGAAGAAGAUGAUGGAGGCAGUGAAGCAUUCGUCAGACAAGGUGCACGGCGACACCGAGCAGGUGCUGUCGGAGCUGCAGCGCUCCGUGGAGCGGCUGCAGGAGCUGCUGGAGGAGGCGCUGGACCAGGCCGUGCUGGAGAAGAUGGGCCAGGCCGGAGACGUGGUGGCAAGCCUGGAGGCCGAGGUCCAGGAGCUGAGGAGGAGGGACACGGAGCUGAAGGACCUGGUCCACUGUGAGGACCACAUCCACUACCUGCAGACGUACGAGUCCAUGUGCGGCCCCGUGGAGUCGGGGGACCUGCCUCCUGUUGUGGUCAAUGCAGAAGCUUCCUUUGAGCCGGUACGAGAAGCCGUCCUGGACCUCAGGGAGCGAGUGGAGAACCUGUGCAACCAGGAGCUGGGCAAGAUCACCAAAAAAGUAAACGACACAACGCUGUUCACUCUGAAAGACUCGAACCGGGGUGCUGGGCAGAAAGCGCUUCUGAAGCUGUUUUCUGGACUGGGUUCUCGUAACACGAGCAGCCGCUCGCCAGGUCCUGCAGCUUCUUUACCUAACAUCUCGGUUGGUGCACGGAGUACUGACAAGAAAGGCCUGGGCCUCAAAGGUCCAGAUGUGAGGAGCAGAGACGUGCCACAAGACACAACGAACAGAAGCUCAUCCAGACCGCGGCAGAGACCGAGGAGAGAGGAGCGAGACACAGCGAGGGAGACCAACUCCAGACCCAGUCCUCAACCCAGCCCGACUCCGAGCCGCAGGGAGUCCCAUUCCCUCUGGAGCAGGUCCAGUCAGAGUAGCAGAGCAGCCCCUGCUGCCGACCAGAGCCACACUAUGACCCCAGCCACGCCAAGCCCUGCUCCUGCUCCUGCUCCUGCUCCUGCUCCUGCUCCUGCUCCUGCUCCUGCUCCUGCAUCUGCAUCAACUGGCGGUUUCAGCCGGAUGGCAUCGAUCACCAGCCUCUUCCGCUCCCAUCGCCGUGGCAACCAAGCCACUCCGGCUACUCCCAUCAGCAGCACAGCGUCAGCAGGAGGAAACCAGUGGGGGAUGGCCGCUCUGCCUGAGACUCCAACACAAGUGAACCCCAGCCUGUUCCUGGACUCACCCACCUCUGAUCCCAGCGACCAAGUUCCUGUUUUUCCUGGAUUGAGAGAAAUCAACAUCGAUAGCAUCCAGGCCCCAGAGCCGAGGACCAGGGAGGAGUUCCUGCAGUACUCUGUGGACAUGACCCUUGACCCCAACACGGCCCACCGCCGGCUCGCUCUGUCUGAGAACAACGCCAAAGCCACGCUGCAGGCGGCGCAGCAGCCCUACCCCGACACGCCGCAGCGCUUCGACGGCUGGACCCAGGUGCUGUGCCAGAGCCCGCUGUACGCCCAGCGCUGCUACUGGGAGGUGGAGUGGAGAGGCCGCGGCUCCUCCAUGGGCGUGGCCUACGGAGCAUUGAGCAGGAAGGGGGCAGACGCCCGGUCGGGGCUGGGUUACAACCCCCAGUCCUGGAGCCUGGAGUUAUCAGACACCUGCUGCUCCGCCAUGCAUGACAAUCAGAAGAAGGAUAUACCGGUCACCUACUCCCCGCGCGUGGGCAUCUACCUGGACCUGUCCACGGGGUCGCUGGCGUUCUACAGCGUGGCGGAGAGCAUGACCCACCUCCACACCUUCCGGGCCAACUUCACCCAGCCGCUGUACCCGGCCUUCGGGGUGGGAAGCGGAGUCGGGGUGGGCCUGGACUUUGCCCUCGGCCAGUUUAGCUCCAGUACUGACAGCGUUAGGAUCUGUCCCAUGUAAGGACGCGGCCAGGGAGGUGCAGAACGGGGAAGUAAGAAGGUCCAGGGAAACAGUGACUGAAGGUUUUUGGAACAUUUGGUUUCACCUGUCCUACUUUUUCAUACGUUAAUGCACUUGCAUAGAAGACGUAUCUUCAAAGAGGAAUCAUCAGCGAUUACAGGUUUAUUAGGGUGUAUGAUGAAUGCUACAGUAGAAACAGUGAUGAGCUUUGAUAGCUAUCUUUUAUGAUGAGAAUCAUCCAGAAUCACUGUCGCUAUUUCAAGUAAUCAGUGAGACUGUGUUAUGCCAUGACCGCAAAAUGGAAAAUGUUCAGUGUGCAUGCUUAUGUUAACAUAAUUAUUUAUUAAAGGGUUGGAGAGGG